UAUUUAGUCCUAGUGAAAGAAAAUGGAGAUAUUACCAAACUCGGCUGCGGAGAUCGUUUUCUUCGACUUAGAAACAACCGUUCCUAACCAAACCGGGAGGAGAUUUUGGGUUCUGGAAUUCGGAGCGAUAAUUGUAUGCCCGCAAAAGCUCGUAGAAUUAAAGAGCUACUGUACACUUAUUAGACCUGGUGACUUAUCCAUGGUCUCGUUAAAAUCUGGACGUUCAGAUGGAAUCACACGUGAAACUGUUGCUGAUGCACCCAUGUUUGAAGAUGUUGCGGAUUGCAUUUUUGACAUUCUAGAUGGUAGAGUUUGGGCAGGACAUAAUAUUCAGCGAUUCGAUUGUGUUCGUAUUAAGGAAGCAUUUGCUGAUAUCGGCCGGCCACCUCCUGUACCUGUUGGUAUGAUUGAUUCGUUAGGAGUUCUUUCACAGAAGUUCGGCAGGAGAGCUGGUAAUAUGAAGAUGGCAUCAUUGGCUGAUUAUUUUGGUCUGGGGCAACAAAAACACAGGAGUCUCGCUGAUGUUAGGAUGAACUUGGAGGUCCUCAAGCAUUGCGCAACUGUCUUAUUCCUGGAAUCUACUCUGCCGAAUCUAUUGAUCAGCAGUAGUCGAGGUGUUCCAACCAUUACUACCAGAAGUCGAAGCAACCAUUUUAAGUUUUCAAAUAAAAAUGAAGGCGAAACUAGUAGCAGAAAAUCCCCUCCUCCUCUUGGAAUCCAAAAAACAGUUCCCAAGGGCCGGCUCCGAAAGGUUACUGAGAGAAUGAAUGAUGUUUUGUGCAAGACGCAAGGCAAACAACACAUCAUUAGCAACCUCCUUAAGUACUCACAUUUAGCACUUAAAUGAAGGCAAAAGUUGUCAAAGACAUCUCAAUCGAUCAGCAACGAAACCUUUACUAAAAAGACGAUCAUCGAACAAAGACUACAUUCAAGCGGAAGCAUAUAUCAAGGGGAUGCGUUUCGGAAUCAAAUUCUCUUCUAAGAUUACAAAUGCCCAUAUUCUAACAAUUGGGCCUAACCAUUCUUUCAUUUAUGUUCCAUUUUGUUUAGUUUUCAUGUAUAUAAACCCGACUUGUUACUUUGAUCCAAUGCCAUCUAUUCAGUAUAAUUAAUACUCCGUACAGUUUACAGUUUUA